CACAGCUGGCACUUUGAGGAGGUGAGCUGCAGGCUACCCUUGCAGAACAACAAUGGAGAAAGAGGAUCAAGAGAGGACAGGGAAGCUGACAUUGGUCCUUUCCCUGGCAACGCUGAUUGCCGCCUUUGGCUCAUCCUUCCAAUAUGGUUACAACGUGGCUGCCGUCAACUCACCCUCAGAGUUUAUGCAGCAGUUUUACAACGACACCUACUAUGUCAGAAACGAGGAAAAGAUUGAGUCCUUCACCUUGACGCUGCUGUGGUCCCUCACGGUGUCCAUGUUCCCCUUCGGAGGCUUUAUAGGGUCUCUCAUGGUUGGAGCCUUGGUGAAUAAAUUGGGCAGAAAGGGGGCCUUACUGUUCAACAACAUAUUCUCCAUCCUGCCGGCCAUCUUAAUGGGGUGCAGCCAACUUGCCCAAUCAUUUGAGCUAAUCAUUGUGUCCAGACUUCUGGUUGGAAUAUGUGCAGGUAUAUCUUCCAACGUGGUCCCUAUGUACUUAGGGGAGCUGGCCCCUAAAAACCUGCGAGGGGCUCUUGGAGUGGUUCCCCAGCUCUUCAUCACUGUGGGCAUCCUUGUGGCCCAGCUGUUCGGCCUUCGGAGUCUCUUGGCAAAUGAGGAUGGCUGGCCAAUUCUCCUGGGCCUAACUGGAGUCCCUGCGGGCCUUCAGCUCCUCCUCCUCCCCUUCUUUCCCGAGAGCCCCCGCUACCUGCUGAUUCAGAAGAAAAAUGAAUUAGCUGCUAAGAAAGCCCUGCAGACCCUCCGAGGCUGGAAAGACGUGAGCCUAGAGAUGGAGGAGAUCCGGAAGGAGGAUGAGGCCGAGAAAGCGGAGGGCUUCGUCUCUGUGUGGAAGCUGUUCACUAUGCAGUCCCUCAGAUGGCAACUCAUCUCCACGAUUGUCCUCAUGGCUGGCCAGCAGCUGUCAGGCGUGAACGCGAUCUACUACUAUGCUGACCAGAUCUACCUCAGCGCAGGUGUGAAAAGCAAUGACGUCCAGUACGUGACGGUUGGAACAGGGGCCGUCAAUGUGUUCAUGACCAUCCUCACGAUCUUUGUGGUAGAGCUUUGGGGACGGCGGUUCCUACUCCUCAUCGGAUUCUCCACCUGCCUCACGGCCUGCGUGGUGCUGACGGUCGCGCUGGCACUGCAGAACACCAUCACCUGGAUGCCCUAUAUCAGCAUUGUCUGUGUCAUUGUCUACGUCAUAGGACAUGCCCUGGGGCCCAGUCCCAUUCCUGCCCUGUUCAUCACUGAGAUCUUCCUGCAGUCCUCCCGGCCAGCCGCCUACAUGAUCGGAGGCAGUGUCCACUGGCUCUCUAAUUUCACGGUCGGGCUCAUCUUCCCAUUCAUUCAAGUGGGCCUUGGUCCCUACAGCUUCAUCAUCUUUGCAACCAUAUGUCUCCUCACCACCAUCUACAUCUUCAUGAUCGUCCCAGAGACCAAGGGCAGGACAUUCGUUGAGAUCAACCAGAUUUUUGCCAAGAAGAACAAGGUGUCGGACAUACAUCUGGGGAAGGAGGCAGAGCUUAACAACCUCCCACCUGCUACCUCGGAACCUUAGCAGAGCCAGGCCACCAGCCAGUGUGGCCAGUCUGCAUGGACCUCCUGUCUAGACUUUGGUUCUGGAUUCUCGUCUGUGACACUGGAAGGGAGAUGAGCCUGGUGAGGAAUGUCAGCUCUGUCACCAGCCUCCACUCAGUGCAAACAUCUGACUGGCUUUUGUGCAUUUCUUCUGUCAUAGGCUCUUGAUCACAUGCAAAGCCACCCUUCGCCUUUGCUGGGUUGACUUUGGUGAGGGUCUCGUAACAUCGCUUUUCAACAAAAAGAGUUACUGCAAGACCAGAUGUGACGAUCAUAUUUUACGAGCAAAACUGACUCUUGUGUGGCCCCCAUGGACUUGGAGAGGCCACUGGCGUCUGCUCGGGAUUGAUGUCAUCCUCUUCCCUGACCCAGUCAUGUCACAAAGCUGGGGCACAGACCGUUGGGGAAACAGACACACUGAGUGUGAAUUAUUAACUGUAAACGAUACUAUUCUGUGUAGCCAAUAAAACAGAUCUGAUCACUUCUCA